AUCUAUGUCGUCUGGUUUUCAGGCUUAUAAACACGUGCGUUUCAAACCUCGAGUGAGCCUGGAUUACGAUUAAGAAAAUUUAACUGUUUAAUUCCGUGAAACAUAAUUUGUCGUUAUGGCUAUCGUGGAAGGAGAUUUUCCGCGUGGCGCAAAGGCCAGAGACGAAAAGAGGGAACAUCAUGCACAUGAAAAGAAGAGGAAAGUCGAAAACUUGUUCAAGGGUGCUGCCUCCAAAAAAGUCAACAAGAGAAGGCUAAACCUAAAAAAAAAGCAUUCAAGAAUAAAAAAGGAAAGACAGGAACUUCAAUCGUUGACCACCAAGGAGAAAAAAGUUAUUGAGAAAGAAAAAACAAUGCUUGAGUCUAUAGAACCUUUGACAUUUAAAAUGCUCGCUGAAGGAAUGCAGCUCUUGAGUAGGGUACAAGAAGUCAGAGAAAUGGAUGUACUUCUGAGUCUUCCGGGGAGAAUUCAGGCUGUUGUCCCAAUUACAAAUAUCUCCACACCAUACACUGACUUGCUCAACAUGCUGGCGCAAGGCGAAGAUGUUGAGACAAAAAGUUUGAAAGAAAUCUUAGUGGAAGGAGAGCUUUUUCCUUGCAGUAUUAAGGAAGUCACCAAUGAUGGAUCAUUCAAAGUGACAGCUUCUCUAAAUCCUGUUGAUGUCAAUAGUGAGAUUCCAUCAACAGCGCUCUGCAAAGGAAUGAAAAUAACUGCUGCUGUACAAAGUGUGGAAGAUCAUGGAUACGUUAUGGAUCUGGGUAUAUCGAAUGCCCGCAGCUUUUUACCCAAAGUACCCGAUCAAGAUUAUGCUAUCGGACAAAUUAUAUCAACCUGUGUGACUGGCUGCCAAAUUGAUGGCCAUGUAGCAACUCUGACGCUUUCGACAGUUGAUUCGAUCAAGUUCAAGCAAAACGUGGAACUUAAUCUUUCCACUCUUAUUCCAGCGACAAAACUUACCGUGACUGUGAAUAAGGUCCUACCGCAAGGGUUGGUAGUCACGUUCGGCAAUUUGGUGGGCUACGUCCAUAAAGAUCAUCUUGUUAACGCUAAUGACAACGUAUCAUCUUAUGAAAAGAGUUCCAACUAUACCGCUGUUAUUUUAUAUACACUGCCAUUGAUCAAUGCAGUUUAUCUCAGCCUAAAAUCGUCGCUCGUUAAGCCUGUCAAGGAAAAGAAGGAAAAAGACAUUAUAGUUCCUGGUCAAUUCUUUGAUGCCAUAAUUACCGAAUCAACUGCUGUAGGACUCUUCAUUCAACUAAACAAAACAGCCAAAGGCUUUGUCCCAGUACGGCAUCUCAGUGAUAAUCAAGACAUCUUUGAAGAUACUAGAUCCUUAUUCCCAAUCAAGUCCCGUAAGCGCUGCCGCGUGCUUAAUCAUGCAUCUGUGGAUGACAUUUACAUCUGCACUAUGAAAAAGUCGCUAUUGACGCAAAAAGCUUUACGAUAUGAAGAUUUCACCGUCGGUGAAGUGCUAGAAGGCAAAAUUGAUUCGGUUUCGCCGGCUGGCAUAUCAGUCAAUUUGGGAGUCAAUUUGAAAGGUUUCAUUCCAAAGUUGCAUUGGGCAGAUGAUCCAAGACUUAAAAAGCCAGAACUUAGAUUCCGCGUGGGGAAUACUAUCACCUGUCGAGUUCUGAAGGUAAUGGUCGACCGAAAAAACAUCCAUUUGACUUGCAAGAAAGCGCUGCUCGACGAAACCGUUGUUGCGUAUACCCAUCCGAGCCAGUUGGACAAAAACCUUGGCUUGAAAGGGACGGUGGUCAUGAUAGAGAAUAAUGGUGUUCUCGUUUCCUUCUUCGGUGACCUUACUGGAUAUAUGCCACGGAACAGGCUAUCGAAGAAGGGAAUUUCCGACAUCAGUCGUUAUUUCUAUAUCGGGCAGGUGAUUGAUUGUGUAGUUCACGACAUUCACGAGACUGGAAAAGUUACACUGACUCUUGCCAAGCCAGACACAGAGCAAACAGUCAAACGUGCGGCUCAACCUGUUUCGAACUUGGGAUCCAUUGUCACUUGCAAAGUCGAGCGCGUUUUUGACGCCACCGACGGCGGCAGCAGUGGACUAGAGGUUUCGAUUCCUUCGUUGAAAAGUACAGGUUUUAUUCCAGUUGGACAUUUGUCAGAUUUCCCUAAACUUGCACCGCACCUGCUUCACUGCUAUCGUCCAGGCCAGAUCAUUGAGGAGGCUGUCGUUUGGGUAUGUUCGAAACUUCAAACGGUCUUAACUCUCAAGCCUAUCAUCGUGAAUUACAUCAAAGAAAAUUGCUUCCCCGGAUCCAUCGAAGAAAUGGGAAUGAUCUCGGUGUUUCCCUGCGUUGCCGCAAGGCAAAGAUCAUUUGGCAUUUUUGCGUCGCUUCUGUGUCCACCUAACAAGUUUGAAGUUUUAUUUCCAUCUAGCCAAAUUCCUGAAGAGCUGCAUUCCCUUUCGGAGAAGGAUGUUCAGCACCUAACUAUGGAAGGCCGAGUUAUUAAGGUCGACAAGGAAGCGAAAAAGAUUUCCCUAAGUGCAUUGAAUACCAGUGUCCUGCAAAGUGAUGCUCGUGUGUUGGAAGCGUUUCUACGGGAACGUGAAAGAAUUAGGUCCCACUUAAUGGAGAGCUCAGACGAAGGUUUGAAAUAUCUAGCAAACCUGAAAGUUGGUGACGUGGUGAUAGGAAAAUUGCUAGCAGAUUUCAAAUCAUCCGCCAAUUUGGAAUUUGAAUUACCCAAUGGACUUAAAGCAAUCGUUCCUGCUUAUCAUCAUGCCAAAAAGAUUUCCAAGGCAAACGACUUGAUCGUUGGUUCUGUUUUAUAUUGCGACCUGAUUCUCCGAGUUGUCUACGUCACAACAAAAGAUGACGUCAUUAAACGCAUUACGGGCACUAGCAAAUUGGAGCCCAGGGGCAACAAGCAAAAAGGCAAGAUUCUUUUGAAUACGGACUACUUCAGUUUGGUGUCACUCGUUGAUGGGAAAACCAAAGACAUCGCUUUCAUUUCCAAUAUUAGGAGCAUUAAUGAAACUGUUGCCCCAUUACCUGCCCCCUUCGAACUUGGGGUCGACGUCGAUGUAGCUAUUGACUCUGACACGGAAGUUGGCAAAAUUGCUACGUACCACAAGACGCCCGUAAGUUGGGAUGCAGUUAAUCGUUCUCGUAACAAGCGCGCCUCUUCAUCAGAUGAUGGUCCAAAGAAGAAAAAGGCAAAAAAAGAAAACGCAGCGAAAACUAAUGGAAAAGAGUCACAGGAAAAUGUUGACCCCCCAACUGAAGUCAAAACGAAAAAGACUCAAAACAAGAAAGCGCAAAAACAAUUAUCCGAAUCAAAUGGCACAAAGGAGACUGAAAAAUCAAGCUUAUUAGAAACCGAUAAAUCUACCGGUGAAAAGAAAAGAAAAGGCAAGAAAGAUCUUACAGAACAGAAGGAAGAGACUUCAGAAACUUGCACGAAUGGAGAAUUAAAAGAUAAUCCUUCGUCGGCUAACGAGACAGAAGCAAAGAAGGCAGCAGCAAAAAAGAAAAAAGACGUGCCCGCAAAGAAAGAAACGCCAGUUCCAAAAGGGAAAAGAAGCACGUCUGAAAACAAAGACAAGUGCGCAGAAGAUCAAAAAGAUCUUUCUCCAUCCAAGAAAAGAAGAACGGAAGCGAUUGCCGAGAGUACCACGAAACAGCCGCAGCAAUUCAAUCCUUUAGCAUUGCCGCGAUUAUCGAUUGCUUCGACAUUCAAAUGGGAUGAUGAUAUGACUACUCUGCCACUUUCAACAACUUCACAGGUUGCCGACAGUUCAGAUUCUGAAGAUGAAGACGCAGACAAAGAGAAAGCGGUAAUUAAAGAUCGGCGCGAAAGAGCACGUGAAAAAUUGGAACAAGCCAAACAAGAUGAAGCCAAAUUGUCGAAAAUCGAAGAAGAGUUGAAUAAUCCCGACCGGGCCCCCGUGACGACGGACGACUUCGACCGCAUGGUGCUCUCGUCUCCAAACAGCUCUAUUCUUUGGUUGCAGUACAUGGCCUUCCACUUGGAGAACGCCGAAAUUGAAAAGGCACGGACAGUUGCCCAAAGGGCGCUGAAAAUCAUGAGCUUCCGUGAGGAACAGGAAAAGUUUAACGUCUGGAUCGCUUGGCUCAAUUUGGAGCACAUGUACGGCACGACCGAAGGCUACGAGGCCACUUUACAGGAAGCUCUACGCUAUAACGAGCCGUUUAAAGUGCAUCGUCAGAUGGCUUUGAAUUUCGAACAAAGCGGCAAGUUUGACGAGGCCGAGUCGCUCUACACCACAAUGCUGAAGAAAUACAAGCAGAACAAGUCUGUCUGGAUGAAUGCUUGCCUCUUUUACGUCAGAAAUUCAAAAUUGGACACGGCGCGCGGUGUUUUCCAGAGGGCAUUGUCGAUCCUCGACAAGAAAGAGCAUGUUGACUUGAUUAGCCGGUUUGGUCAACUGGAGAUGAAAUUUGGUCAACUAGGCCGGGGCAAAACGCUCUUUGACACUUUGUUGAUGUCUUACCCGAAGAGGACGGAUCUCUGGUUGGUUUACAUCGAUACGCUCACCAAAGUUGGCGAUGUAGAAAGUGCACGGCAAGUACUUGAACGCUGCAUCACUCUGCAGCUACCUGCCAAAAAGAUGAAGACAAUCUUUCAAAAGUUUCUCGAGUUUGAAACGCAUCACGGUGACGAAGAAAGGCAGGACUAUGUCCGCAAGAAGGCGCUCGACUACGUUGAAUCGAAAACCGAAGUCGCCGACGAAUGAGUGCAAGUGCUCAUCGGAAACACCAAGCAUCUUCUUCUUCACCUCGGUCGUCAUCAUCGCCUCAUUUGCUGACGUGUGGGUUUGUUUUUGUUUUUUUAUUACCUCCUACAUUCUAUCACCAUAAGCCGAGAGUCUUUUUUUUUUUUUGGUGGGUUUCAAUGACUUCAAGGCGAUUCGCCAAUAAAAACAUUGAGCGGUCUGAUCAACAGCCAAAAACUCGGGAAUGAA